AUGACGUUGAAUAUGAUGAGCGAACCUAACAACAAUUAUGUCCGACUCUAUAACGCCGCCAGUCAAUUGGAGAACUUUAAUUCUGAUCAAAUGGCUACUAAUUCACAAAUCCAAUCUUACGCUCAAGAUUUCCGUUCUCACACUGCCCAUUUUCUUCCCCAUGAUAAUGUCAAGAUUUUGUCCACAAAUGCUGAUUUCCCAGGCCAAGUGCUUAAUUUACCAGUCCAGCCUUAUGCUCAAGACGUUCGUUCUCAUGCUACCUCUUUGCCUCUUCAUAGUAAUGUCCAUAUGAAUACUAUGCACUACGGAAAUAUUGGAAAUCGUAUAAACUUAUCUCCCUCAGCCUCUUAUUACGGACCGGUUCCGGACGUUGAUGUCUCCAUAACUGAGCAGUUAAAUACACCGAAUUGUAAUAAAAUUGAAACUCAGAAAAAAGGCUCAUGUCCGCUCUGUGGCUCCUCCAACGGAAAUUUCGGUACGAUCAAAAGUAUUGCGCAUACUUUUACGCAAAUGCGCACGCAAGCUAACGUACUCAACGAGCCCGAAUAUGUGAUUACAAGAGAAGUGCGAAUCCAAUUGGUGAUAGGCAGGGUACCGGCCAAUGCUAGCUUUAGUCAAGUGUUAGCGUUAACUCAACAGUGA